ACGUUUUGCUGCUGCUCAGCGCAGCCACUCGCGGGGGCGGGGAGGCUGCGGGCACAGAGGAGCCUGGAGCGAGCGAAUCCUGGCCUACCGCCUGCCCAACCGCGUGACCUUGAACGAGUUAAUGAACUUCACGCCUCAACGUCCAGGUCUGUAAAAUGGGGUAUCUAACGCAGACCGCACAGCCCAGCUGGGUUUAGCAAACUUCCGGGAGCCGCUUGGAGCCUCUCCCCGUCCCUAGCGGUGAUACCAGGUGACGAUAUGCCGCAGGGGGUCCUGCGGAGGCCACCCUAGGGCGUUGCUGCUGCCUUUGGGAGUGUGGAGCUCCAAACCAUGUCGCGACAGGAGGAUUUCGGGAGGCCUGGAUCCUCGCGCCAGGGGGAUGUGCGAGGGUAUGGGAUGAAUCCUAAUUCCUCCGACCCACCCAAAGCCUAGAUAACCAGCCUCGGCGCCUCUCGCCCUGAGGGCCCCGCCCUCAAUCCCGCCCUCCUCUAACCCGCUACCCCAUUGGUGGCGUCCGGCGGCGCGGUCGCUGUUAUUUUUCGAAUAUAUAAGGAGGUGGAAGUGGCAGCUGCAACUAGAGGCUUCCCAGGCUGGUGCCUGAGCCCCGCGUCCCUCGCCCCCCGCCCUCCCCGCAUCCCUCUCCUCCCUCGCGCCUGGCCCUGUGGCUCUUCCUCCCUUCCUCCCUUCCCCCCUCCACCCCCUCCGCGCCCGCUGCCUCCCUCGGCCCAGCCAGCUGUGCCGGCGUUUGUUGGCUGCCUUGCGCCCGGCCCUCCAGCCAGCUUUCUGCCGGCCCCGCCGCAAUGGAGGUGCCCCAGCCGGAGCCUGCGCCAGGCUCGGCUCUCAGUCCAGCAUGCGUGCGCGGUGGCGCCCAGCGUCCCGGCCACCUCCCGGGCCUCCUGCUGGGAUCUCAUGGCCUCCUGGUGUCUCCGGUGUGCGCGACCGCUUCCUCGCCGGUCACCACCCUCACCCAGACCAUGCACGACCUCGCCGGGCUCGGCAGCGAAACCCCAAAAAGUCAGGUAGGCACCCUGCUCUUCCGCAGCCACAGCCGCCUGACGCGCCUAUCCCUGUCUCGACGGGCAUCUGAAUCCUCCCUGUCAUCUGAAUCCUCCGAAUCUUCUGAUGCAGGUCUCUGCAUGGAUUCCCCCAGCCCUGUGGACCCCCAGAUGGCAGAGCAGACGUUUGAACAGGCCAUCCAGGCAGCCAGCCGGGUCAUUCGAAAAGAGCAGUUUGCCAUCAGACGCUUCCAGUCUAUGCCGGUGAGGCUGCUGGGUCAAAGCCCCGUGCUUCGGAACAUCACCAACUCCCAGGCGCCUGAUGGCCAGAGGAAGAGCGAGGCGGGCGGUGGAGCUGCCAGCAGCUCUGGGGAAGACAAGGAGAACGAUGGGUUUGUCUUCAAGAUGCCAUGGAAGCCCACACAUCCCAGCUCCACCCAUGCUCUGGCAGAGUGGGCCAGCCGCAGGGAAGCCUUUGCCCAGAGGCCCAGCUCGGCCCCCGACCUGAUGUGUCUCAGUCCUGAGCGGAAGAUGGAAGUGGAGGAGCUCAGCCCCAUGGCCCGAGGUCGCUUCUCUCUCACCCCUGCAGAGGGGGAUACUGAGGAAGAUGAUGGAUUUGUGGAUAUCCUAGAGAGUGACUUAAAGGAUGAUGAUGCAGUUCCCCCAGGCAUGGAGAGUCUCAUUAGCGCCCCACUGGUCAAGACCUUGGAAAAGGAAGAGGAACAGGACCUCGUCAUGUACAGCAAGUGCCAGCGGCUCUUCCGCUCUCCAUCCAUGCCCUGCAGUGUGAUCCGGCCCAUCCUUAAGAGGCUGGAGCGGCCCCAGGACAGGGACACGCCCGUGCAGAAUAAGCGGAGGCGGAGCGUGACCCCUCCUGAGGAGCAGCAGGAGCCUGAGGAACCUAAAGUCCGCGUCCUCCGCUCAAAAUCACUGUGUCACGAUGAGAUUGAGAACCUCCUGGACAGUGACCACCGAGAGCUGAUUGGAGAUUACUCUAAGGCCUUCCUCCUACAGACAGUAGACGGAAAGCACCAAGACCUCAAGUACAUCUCACCAGAAACGAUGGUGGCUCUGUUGACGGGCAAGUUCAGCAACAUCGUGGAUAAGUUUGUGAUUGUGGACUGCAGAUACCCCUAUGAGUAUGAAGGUGGGCACAUCAAGACUGCGGUGAACUUGCCCCUGGAACGCGACGCCGAGAGCUUCCUGCUGCAGAGCCCCAUCACACCCUGUAGCCUGGACAAGAGAGUCAUCCUCAUUUUCCACUGUGAAUUCUCCUCUGAGCGUGGGCCCCGCAUGUGCCGUUUCAUCAGGGAACGAGAUCGUGCUGUUAACGACUACCCCAGCCUCUACUACCCCGAGAUGUAUAUCCUGAAAGGCGGCUACAAGGAGUUCUUCCCUCAGCACCCGAACUUCUGUGAACCCCAGGACUACCGGCCCAUGAACCACGAGGCCUUCAAGGAUGAGCUGAAGACCUUCCGCCUCAAGACUCGCAGCUGGGCUGGGGAGCGGAGCCGGCGGGAGCUCUGUAGCCGGCUGCAGGACCAGUGAGGGCCUGCAUCAGUCCUGCUACCUCCCUUGCCUUUCCAGGCCUGAAGCCAGCUGUCCUAUGGGCCUGCCGGGCUGAGGGCCUGCUGGAGGCCUCAGGUGCUGUCCAUGGGAAGGAUGGUGUGGGUGUCCUGCCUGUCUGCCCCAGCCCCGAUUCCCCUGUGUCAUCCCAUCAUUUUCCAUAUCCUGGUGCCCCCCACCCCUGGAAGAACCCAGUCUGUUGAGUUAGUUAAGUUGGGUUAAUACCAGCUUAAAGGCAGUAUUUUGUGUCCUCAAGGAGCUUCUUGUUUCCUUGUUAGGGUUAACCCCUCAUCUUCCUGUGUCCUGAAAAGCUCCUUUGUGUGUGUGUCAGCGGAGGCUGGGGGAGAGCCAUGGUCCCUGAGGAUGGGUCAGAGCUAAACUCCUUCCUGGCCUGGGAGUCAGCUCUCUGCCCUUACUUCCUGGGUCAGGACUGCCCCUAACCUCUGUAGCAACCGUGGUAUGUCUGCCAUGUUGCCCCUUUCUCUUUUCCUCUUUUUCCUGUCCCACCACACAAGCACCUCCAGCCUGAACAGAAGCUCUUACUCUUUCCUAUUUCAGUGUUACCUGUGUGCUUGGUCUGUUUGACUUUAUACCCAUCUCAGGACAUUUCCGUAGACUGUUUAGGUUCCCCUGUCAAAUAUCAGUUACCCACUCAGUCCCAGUUUUGUUGCCCCAGGUUAUUAUUCUUGGGGGCUCCCAGGGCAAGGGCUAAGGCCUGAAUCGUGAGCCUGCUGGAAGCCCAGCCCCUACUGCUGUGAACCCUGGGGCCUGACUGGUCAGAACUUGCUGCUGUCUUGUUGCGGAUGGAUGGAAGGUUGGAUGGAUGGGUGGAUGGCUGUAGAUGGCCGUGGAUGCACAGUGCCUUGCACACCCAAACCAGGUGGAAGCGUUUUGGCUAGCAUGACAGCCUGCAGCAGGAAUAUAUGUGUGUCUAUUUGUGUGGACAGAAAUCUUUACACUUAGGGUUUGGAUCUAUUCAAGAGGAAAUAUUCAAGUCACAGAAGCAGCUAAACCAAGGACUCAGCACCCUCUGGAUUCUGAAUCUCAAGAUGGGGGCAGGGCUGUGCUUGAAGGCCCUGCUGAGUCAUCUGUUAGGGCCUUGGUUCAAUAAAGCACUGAGCAAGUUGAGAAACCA